GCUGCACCGCCGGCGUUCCGCGCUGUCUGCGUCCCCACGGCGGGAGCUGCGGCGGACGGCGAUCCGAACUCUCCCGUAUUCCAUUCCUGGGGAGCCCCCGGGCACUGAGGGGGCUGCCGGUAGGGAUUUUAGUGGAGACCGUGGUCUGUCGCGAUGAGUUUUCUGCUGCCCAAACUGACCUGUAAGAAGGAAGUGGAUCAGGCAAUAAAAAGCGUCGCUGAGAAGGUUUUGGUUCUCCGUUUUGGAAGAGAUAAUGAUGCUGUUUGUCUGCAGCUCGAUGAUAUUCUUGCAAAAACAGCUCAUGACCUGAGUAAAAUGGCAGUCAUUUACCUGGUGGAUGUGAACAAUGUCCCAGUGUACACCCAGUAUUUUGACAUCAGUUAUAUUCCAUCUACUGUAUUUUUCUUCAAUGGACAGCACAUGAAGGUUGAUUAUGGGUCUCCAGAUCACACCAAAUUUGUAGGAAGCUUCAAAACAAAGCAAGACUUUAUAGAUCUGAUUGAAGUGAUCUACCGUGGAGCAAUGCGGGGAAAGCUCAUUGUGAGAAGUCCUAUUGACCCCAACAACAUUCCUAAAUAUGACCUUCUCUACCAAGGAAUUUAAUGGGUUGACCUAAGAAUUGCACAAAUGGAUGAUGUUGUAUAUCCCUUUUUCCUUUGAGUGCUUUUGGCCUCCUCUGGCAUUGUGGGACAGUUUGAGCAGUUAUCCUGAAGGAUCAUAUUGGUCUCCUUCUGAAGACAGAUAUUCUGUCACCUCACGCUUCUCUCAUAAAUAAAGCUACAUGUUCAUGCACGGAGUUCA